AUGCCGAAGCUGCGCCGGUCCGCUCGCCUUCACAAUAACAGCCAUCCUUCGGAAGCCCGCCCCCCCUUCUCCCCUUUCGACGACCUCCCCAUCGACAUCAUCUCUCAUAUCUCCCUUCACAUACCCCAGAGCUCCCUCGCGGCCUUCGCGCGGACGUCCAAACUAUGCUCGGAAGCGGCGUUCCCCAUCCUAUACCGAGAAAUCCACAUCACCUCCAACCACGCCAUGUCCCUCCUCAUCGGUCCCAGCUUUCUUCGUCGGCCUGUCUUCACGCAGACCAAGAGGAUCACGCUGGACCUGCCGGCGGACAAGGCGUUCGGCGAGAUGAUGGGGAAUUGGCGCAUUAAUCCCGACGAGGAGGAAUGGACGGCGGGACCGCUUUUCGAGCGGGCGGUCGGCGUUAGCUUUGGCGUAGCGUGGACACGGUCCAUGUACUCGGAAAGCAAGGCGACGCUUUCCAACUCUGCGCGGAACCUGGCGCGAUUGGCGGACCCAACAACGAUAUGCUUCAGGUACGCCACCGAGUUGAGCCCAACGCCCACAGUCGGCUCCCGCCCGAACCGGCUCACCUCCAUCCUGAAGGAACUCUGGCCUCGGUUAUCAUCCGUCAAUUACCACGGUCGACUGGAUGAGUUGACCUUUCCCCACGUCAGCGACCCGGACCAUCUAUACAUCGCGCACGUCUUUUACGUCCAAGGCGACGAGCCAUGGUUCAAGACUAUCGACGAGUUCCUCCGCGCCCGACUGGUCGGCGGCUCGGCCGCGGUAGAUCCCAUCAUGCCAGACGCAAUCCGGACACUUUACACUCUGUCCGCGCGAGGCUUCCGGGCUGCCAGUGGGGGCGAUGGGACCAAACGUCUCUCUUUCCAUACGGCGGAGCCGGAAGCCAAGACUGCAGCAGAGACUACGGCGGUGGCCAAGCCAGAGAAGGAUGUCGGCGAGGUCUCAGGAGCUAGCAGCAAGGAGGGCAAAGAGAUCAGCAGAAUAUCAGCAUGCGCUGCCUGUGGAGGUGAGCUGUUACUGGCAUAUGAUAAGAGCAAGGCUGACUAUAUCAGUGUACUGAGCUUCUUGCAUCAGCCACUUUCCACGCUCAAUGUCUCGCGAGGGCAAGUUUUGGAGUGA